AUGAUUGCAAGCGUAAUUGAGGCCUAUAUUGGUAUUGAUAGCUCUAGGCCUACAUUGAGGAUACACGUCAAUGCGAGGCCUCCAAUUGAAUCAACAAAUUCAUUUGACGACGAUAAUGAUUCUAUUAGAAAUGAAAGAUUGGGUGACAUGCAAAGGAGAGCUUGGAUAGUAGAUGCGGAAGAUCCUGAAUGCGAAUGUUGUAAAGAAAUGCAGGGAGAAGAGGAAUUGAGAUCACAAUCCAACCAUUCCUUCUCCGAUGGAACUAAUUUAUGCAUAAAUCAAACUUUCAGUAACAAGAAUGAGUUGCAAUUGUUAUUAGCCGAAGCGGCGGUAAAGAAGUCUUUUGAUUUUGCUACUUUGAGGAGUUGUACUAAAUAUUUAAAGGUGAAAUGUGUAUCUCAGAAUUUUGCAUGGAUGUUGCGAGCGAGAAAAUAUGAAUGUUCAGAUAGAUUUCGUAUCUACAAGUACAUUGGCAAGCAUAGUUGUGGCGUUGAACAUGCCAACAGUAGCCAUAGAAAAAUCUCAAUCAAAGUCAUUGCUUCACUUUGUGUAAAUAUGUAUCGUGAUGGCAAGGGUCCAAAUGUUAAAGAGAUUCAAACGGUUAUGUUUAAUUCUUUUCGUUGUAGUCCAAGUUAUUGGAAAUGUUGGAAGGGAGGUAUGGUUGCCAAGGAGAUGGUCCAAGGGACAACGGAGAACGGAUAUUCAUGCUUAUCGGGAUUUGCCCACAUGAGAAAGGUAAUUGCGGUUGAUGGCACUCAUUUACAUGGUAAAUACGAGGGCGUGUUGUUGAGCGAUGUUGCACAAGAUACGGAGAAUCAUGUUUAUCCAAUUACUUUUUGUGUCGUGGACAAAGAGAAUGAUGCAACUUGGACAUUCUUCUUUGAGAAAUUGAAGGAGAUUGUGGUCAAUGAACCAGAUUUGUGUUUUAUCUCCGAUAGACAUAAGAGCAUCGCCAACAGUAUUAUGAACGUUUACAAUCAUGCUCACCACGGAUAUUGUAUGAGGCACCUCGAUGAAAAUUCCCGCGUAAAUAAUCACUAUGGAGAUAACCUUUAUCUUUACUACAAUGCGGCAAAGGCUUAUUCUUCGGAAGAGUUUGACAAUCAUUUUGUCGAAUUCAAGAACAAAUGUCCCGCGACAGCCGUCAUCCUUGAGUAUGAUAUAGGUUUUGAGAAGUGGAGCAGGACACAUUUUCCUGGCAAUAGAUAUGAUGUGAUGAGCACAAAUAUCGACGAGUCACUCAAUGCUAUGUUGAUAGACGAAAGAAAGUAUCCCGUGGCAUCAAUAUUUAAUUCGAUUGCUAAGAGGUUUGGAGAAUUGUUCAGGGAGAGGGACGGCAAUCAAUUUAUCGUGUUCGGUGGUGAUGUUACUUCCUAUGUGGACCUACUGGAAAAGUCAUGUUCUUGUAGGGAAUAUGACUUGAUCAAGAUACCUUGUGCUCACGCGAUGGACGAUUUGCGAUCGAAACAUGGCAACGAGUCGGAAUGGUGUGUGCCAGAAGAAUUGCAUAAUGUGAAGAUUUUUCCGCCUCUUGUCAAUACCAAGCGUGGAAGAAAACGUGUCAAAGGUGUCGGUGAGAAUUUCAAGAGCAAGAUAAGUGUAACAUCUCGCAACUAG